AUGGAAGACUUGAAGAUUGAGGAGUUAGAUCUGUAUGAAUUGCUUGAAAUAGACAUCACCAGCACUGUUGCAGAUAUUAAAAAAGCAUAUAGAAAAAAAGCUCUACAGUGCCAUCCCGAUAAGAACCCUGAUGAUCCAAAUGCCUCUAAAAAAUUUCACGAAUUAUCCAAGGUCCUAGAAGUACUAACAGAUGAAGCAGCUAGAGCAGCUUAUGACAAGGUAUUGAAAGGCAAAAAAGAAGCUGCCCUACGCCACAAGGAGUUGGACAGCAAGAGAAGAAAACUCAAGGAGGAUUUGGAAAGUAGGGAGAGAGGCAUCACUUCCAAAAAAUCUGCUGAUCAAUUAUUAAGAGAAGAAAUAGAUCGUCUGAGAAAAGAAGGUUCAAAGCAAGUGGAAGAAGAAGUUGAAUAUGUCACAAGGAAACUGAGGGAAGAAAGAACAUUGAACACUGAAUAUUUUGAUGGAUCUGUGCACAGAAUCAAAAUUAAGUGGGCAGCAAAUAAAAAUGAUCCUACUAAUGGAGGGUACAGUCAAGAAAUGCUUCACAGAUUUCUAUCUAAAUAUGGUGAUAUACAGGCUUUAGUGAUGUCCCCAAAGAAAACUGGAAGUGCCUUAGUGGAAUUCAAGGAUAAAAAAGCUGCUGAAAUGGCAGUUGAUUUUGAGACUGGCCUAUCAAUAAACCCCUUGAAAUUGGACUGGGUGGAUGGCCCCCCUAAAGGUAACAAGCCCACUAGUAAUUUGAUUAAAGAAUCUGAUUUUGAAAGUGUCACAUUGACCAAGCUGAGGCAAGCUGAAGAGAGGAAAAGGCUUAUAGCACAAAUGAUGGCAGAAGAUGAUGAGACAUGA